UGUCAAACCUUUCAGUCGCAAUUGGAGCUUAGCUUUCCGAGAUUUGAUUUCUGGGUGACUUCAAACUACAAAGGCCUAAAAAGCAAGGGAAAAUAAUACAAGAAAAUACAACAAAAAAAAGCGAAGACGACUAUACAAAUUGUACAAAUCGGAUGCGAGCGCGUGUGUGUUAGUGACCAUUCAUUCAUUCAUUCAACAACAAUAAAUGAAAUACAAAAUGCAAUCGUCGCAGUUGCAGUCGGCGUCGCAGUAAACUUCGGCAGAGACGUCGGCAGAGGCAGCGACAGAGGCUGAAACAGUAGCAGCAUCCAAACCAAAUCCAAAAGAGAGAUCAUUUUUCAUAUGCGAAUCGAAACUCGAAGAGCGCGCAUCAAAGUCAAAUUCAAACGGCGAAAGAGUAACGAACAAAAGCGAAUUGUUUUGUGUGCAUAAUAACAAAAAAGAAAAAAUAAAGCCUUACCAGAACGUAAUUGAAAUCAAAUUAAAGGCGGGCCGUGCAAAAAUAAAAAGAAAGAAAUAAAGCCGAGGCGAUAAAAAAGAAAUUAUGCUCCAUUGUGCGAUUGUGUGAGAGGUCAAGUGCCCGGCAGGCAAAAGAAAGGGACAGAUACACAGGUUUAAUGUUAAUAGGCAAACGAAUGAACUCAUAAAAGGGCAAAAGAGAGGGCAAUACUGGGUAAGAAGAAGAGCAGGCCAAGCCCAAAUGACCGCAAGAAUACCGUUAAUUCGAACAGCUUCAGCGGUAUUACGAGCAUUUAUAUAGCUUAAUACUAGAGAGAUUGAGAGAAGAAAAAAAACUUUCUUCGUGAACUUCAGCCGCAUAAAAGUUUGCUACUAUUUCAAUUUCAAUUGUUAACGAGCGAAAGCGCCGCCCGUCACGCACAGAAAAAAAGACAACAAACAAAUAGCAGGAAAAGUGCAGCAGACAGCGAAAAUGUACCAGUCGCAGCAUCUCCAUCCCCCCGCCCCAAAACCAGCCCAAACGCAGGCCCACAGCCAGAGCCACAGAUUUAGCCAGACUCUAAGCCAGAUCAAGAGUCGCAGCCAAAGCCUCGACCACAGCCACGACCACAGCCUCAGCCUCAGCCUGAGUCGACAGCUGUUUGGCGCACUGCUGGCCGUGUUCAUGUUGGCGGCAUUAGCGUCAACCACCCAUGGCGCUGUAACAGACUCCCCCAUCAAGAUCAUUCGGUUGCCGGCACAGGCACCCGUCAUCCGUUACCGCAGUGCGGAUGCGGCGCCGGACUCACUGCUGAUCAACUACCGCCAGGAUGCCCAGCCGGAGUUGUCGUCCACGCUGAUGCAGGCACCAGGAGCGGCGGCGGCGGCUCUGGAGUCGCUCCUCCGCGAGGAAACGGAGCAGCAGCAGCUGGUCCAGAUGGGCAGGCGGAACCGGGCGAGUGCCUCCACCACCGGAAAUUGUCCCCGAUCCUGUCCACCGAGCAUAACAGUGGGAGCUGAACCCGUGUGCGGCAGUGACGGCCUGAUCUACGCCAAUCUCUGCGAGCUGCGCAAGAAGACUUGCUCCCGGAGCGGAGUGUCCCUGAUCAAGGAUGUUCGCGACGGCUGCGAGCGAUCCAAGGGUUCGGAUUGCAAGCAUCGCUGUAGCACGGAAAAGGAUCCGGUUUGUGGAACGGACGGACGCACCUACCUGAACCGCUGCAUGUUGAGGGUGCAAUCCUGUCGCGUGGGACUGGCAGCCGUGAAGCUCUCGCACGUGGGUCCUUGCAGCAAUACGAGUGCUGUCCGCGAGUCCUGUCCGGUGGAUUGUAAUAGUGCACCCAAGGAUGGACCGGUUUGCUCAUCGGAUGGCAAUGUGUACAACUCGACGUGCGAGAUGAAGCUGCACACGUGUGGACAGGGUGUGGUGAAGACCAGUCGAAAGCACUGCCAAUCCACGAGGAUGUGUAGAGAGUCCUGCUGGCGGGUGGCCAGGCCCACGUGCGGUUCCGAUGGACGUCUGUACGCCAGUCCCUGCAAGAUGCGCUCCUCCAAUUGUGGCAAACACGUCUUCGAGGUUCCCCUGUCCUUCUGCAUGCCGCAGGAGCGCCACGGCAGUGCCUCCGAUGCCUGUCCCACAGAGUGUCCCAAGGCGGAGUCGAAUUCCUCAUCGCAGUACGUGUGUGGCAGCGAUGGUAAUAUCUACUCAUCUCUCUGCGAACUGAAGAUGCUCAACUGCGGUCCCCAGCGUAAGUCCAUCCAAAAAGUGAGCAUGGACAAGUGCAAGGGUCGACUGACUCGCUGCAAGCAACUGCCUCCUUGCAAGGACUUUAACAGCCUGUUCGGUUCCAUCUUCAGCUCAAAGCGAAACGAUAAACUCUGCGGCACGGAUGCCAAAACUUACAGCAAUGAGUGCGAACUGGCCCAUGCCACCUGUCUACGCGGCGUAAAUCUGGCUCACAUUGGGCCCUGCACGGAUCUAAAUUCGCCCACCAAGGACUGCGGGGAUGCCUGCACCCGGGCGGAUUUGGAGCAGCAGCCGGUGUGUGGAUCGGAUGGCAAUACCUUCGCCUCCAUGUGCGAGUUCAAGCGCCGCACUUGCAAUCUCCGUGUGGUUUCCGUAUCGCUCAAGAACUGCGCCCUGACCGCAGACUGUGAGUCCGAUUGUGAUGCCCAGCCGCCAAGUUUCGUGUGCGGAUCGGAUAACAAUCUGUACAAGUCCGAGUGCCACAUGCGCAAGGAGAACUGCGGCAAGCACGUGUUUGUGGUGCCGCUAAAACGCUGCCUGGCCGCCUUCCAGCUUAAGGGAUGUGCCCGCAUCUGUCCCAGGGAAUUCGAGCCUGUUUGCGGCAGCGACAAUAAAACCUAUUUGAACGACUGCUUCCUGGAGAUCGAGAACUGCAGGGCGAACCAGACGGUCAACGUCAACUACUACGGCGCCUGUGGCCGCCCCGAAGCACCAUCCACUAACUUCCUCUACUAGGAUGUAUGCGUGGCGCCUUCAUUUCACUUGGCAUUUAAUAUUUUUAGGCUAUAGUCUUGUAUUGUACUUUUUUAAAAUCGAUAUUUAUUGAGUUUGAAUUAAAGCCCCCAACGAACUUA